GGCACAGGAUUCAAACGUCAGUUGCGUUGUGUUUUGUUUAGCAGCCAACAUUACCGAACAAAUCGAUUAUCCCGCGUGUAACCUCCAUAUUCCAAACUUAUUUGAAUUUAAAUGCCGCGAAACUAGAAUGCCAUAGAAUAUAUUAUAAUUAGUUCCAAAUUUAAGUUUUGUGUUCUCAUUUUAAAUUUAAUCAUGUUGAAGAGGAAUUUUAUUUCAAUUUUGGCAGUUUUCUGUUUGUUCAUUAUGGGUAUUCUGGCUUGCAAUGAAGGUAAAAUAACAUAUUCAGAAGAACGAAAAGCAGUGGGUGAAGCUCUUUAUAAAGAAUGUUACUGUACAAGUAAUGAAAAUGAAAUAGUGAAACCGAAAUGGUUUGGUCCUGGUGAUACUGAAAUACGACCAGGUUCAAAUUCAGGCAUAGAAACAGAGCAGCGAGGCAACAUACUUAGUCUGUUUAUAAAGAAAUUGAGUAUAUCUAUGAUCGGUACAUUCAAGUGUAUAUGCGAAUGUAACGGAAAACCAAAUAUUUUAGAACAACUUGAGCUGAAAGUUUACAAUCCUCUUGAAAUAAUCAACACGCCAGCAGAUCAGAUGAUUGUAUUAGGAAACAAUUCUAAGAUCAAAUGUGAAGGAUGGGGUGGGCUUGGAGAACGUUACACGUGGUGGGAGAAGCCAAUGAAUAAAGAAAGCCACAAAUAUAAUGAAGUGGAAGACGGACUUAUAAUAAACAAUGUUACUGAAGAUGAUCGAGGAAUUUUUGUAUGCUUUGUGUCGGAUAUGGAAACGGGUGCAGAAGUUAACAGGUCUAUAAAUGUAAAGGUAAUUACAAAACCUAAAGUUUUGGAUAUUCACGCUGAUCCACACACUACUGUUGUAGCAGGUGACACUUUAAUAUUGGAAUGUAUAGCUGAAGGGACGCCCAAACCUGUUACUACUUGGCAAAUAGAUGAGCCCGUUGUGAGUUCCACGAAGAAGAAGCAUAAAAUGGGAGAUAACGUUAGCUUUAAAGUGAAUAGACUGAUAUUCGAUAAUAUUACUGCUGAAGACCAUGGUACCUAUCAGUGUACAGCAAGCAAUAUUGUUGGAAACGAUUCAAACAAAAUCUCUAUUGAGGUUUUCGUCCCUCCUGAAAUCAUAGAAUUUAAUGACACCACGGCCGUUGAAGGAACUACAAUGCAAAUCAUAUGUAACGCCAAAGGCCGGCCAGAACCUAACGUGUCCAUAUUAUACAUCGGCAAAGAUGUAAACGGUUCAAAAGGAAUAACCGAUGAAAUCUUAAUCACAUCGCCGUUUAUGCCUGUGACACCAUCUGUUGAAGGAUAUUAUGUUUGCAAUGCUACCAAUGACGUUGACUUUGAAACAAGCACAAUGUACCUCACUGUCUUGCACAAGCCAAUAUUUGAAACUGAUAUAGAAAUCAUGUGGGGCUGGGAUAAUGUGACGAUUACCCUUAGUUGUAUAAAUGACGCCAAUCCUAAAGCUAUUCUUUCUUGGAGUUUCGAAACUAAUCCUGAAAACGCAUCAGCCGAAAAACUACAUUAUAUACAACAAUUGAUACAUAAUUUGGAAGAGUCUCAGGAACAAUAUAUAGCUAUAACUUUAACAAAUACAACCAAUUUUUAUGGCACAUUUCAAUGUUUAGCUAGAAAUGAAUAUGGUGAAGCACUGAAGACUAUAUUUUUAAAACAAGGAUUUCCUCCAAGCAACAUUACAAAUGUAGUCGGUGAUAUAAGAUCAACAGAAGUUAUGUUUCACAUUCAAAAACCCACCAAUUACGAAGGUCCCGAUGUGAUUGGAUAUAUUGCAGAGUACGAUAUAAGCGAUAACUAUGAUGUUACGGAUAUCCAUCAAAAUAGGACUUGGAGUAUAGAUAGAGAGGCUGAAGGUUUUGUGCUCAGUGAUUUAAUUCCUAACACUACGUACCAUAUACGAUUCGCCGCAAUAAACGAUGUCGGGAUUGGAGAAUGGAAUACAAUGUUUGUAUUCACAACUCGUGCGCCGUCAUUUCCAAGUGCGCCAACUUGGGACAGCAGUUCAGUAGUUGUGAACGCGACAGAGCAUCGAGUGCUGAAGUGGACGGCUCCUGUGGACAAUGGGGCGACCAUUGAUUACUACUUGAUACGGUAUUGUUACGACUGCUCAGUAAACGAUUCAUGUAAAGAGCUGAAAGUAAUGUCUACCAUGGAAUUCCACACUGAUGUCCUGGAACCGAAUGCCACAUACUGCGUGGAAGUGAGAGCCCACAAUCAAGUGGGGGUUUCUGAGGCAGCAAACAUUACUGUGACAGUCGCAGCACUUACAAUAAAGAAAACUUUAUCUGCUGGAGCUAUCAUAGGAAUUGCAAUUGUGAUCGUAUUUAUAGCUUUCGUUAUUCUUGAUGUUCUACUCUGCGUGUGGAAAAAGCAAGGGAUGAUUGCCAGCUUCUACUACAAAAAGAGCAGAAAGAGAAAAAGUCAAAUCGAACAGACAAGGGAUAAAAAGGGUCUUCUGAAGGAUAAUAGCACGUCAGCAGAUAAUACAAAGAAUCACAAAGAAUUCGAGUACAAUAAGACUACAGGCAUUAUAACGGGAAAACAUUCCUCGGUUUGAAAUAGAUAGGAAAAAAACAGUAUUUCCAAAGAUAAUUUAUAGAAAUGAAAAGUCAAAUUGGUAUAUUUUAGUUAUACUAUAUUUAGGUAAUUAAUUUAGUUGUACAUAAAAUAGGUAAAAUUAUUACGUAAGUACCUGUGAAGAAAUAAUAUUUUAAGUCAAUUCAUUAAAAAACUUACAAAUUGUUUAUUUUAUGAUGUUGUGUUGUUUUUCUUACCGGUAACGUUUUUAUUGAGAGCGAUAAAUAAAGUUACCGUUUUAUAGCAGAAGUGGAUUUUACAGUUCUUAAUAUUCUUUUAUUUCUGUUGAUAAUCAUUAUAAGCAAUUUACAACAAAGAUACUCAUUAUUUUUUUACUAGUGAUAUGAUCAGCCUAUCAG